UUCCUGCUAGCUUCACGCGAGCGGAAGAAGACAGCGGAGCUUCCUGGAAGCAGACAGACAGUUAGCCGUCAAUAUCAGGCGUUAUUAUCGAUUAUUGUCUGUUGAUCAGGAGAGAUCUGGUCCUGUCGUUGUCUGUCCGCGCGGUGACUUACGGGAACAAACCGGUAACCGGAAACAUCCGCUGCGGAGAGAAAACACCGCGAGCUGCCGCAGUUAGCUGUUAGCCGCUGUUAGCUGUUAGCCGCUGUUAGCCGCUGUUAGCUGUUAGCCGCUGUUAGCUGUUAGCCGCUGUUAGCUGUUAGCCGCUGUUAGCUGUUGUCUGUUAGCUGUUAGCCGCUGUUAGCUGUCUCGGUUGGAUCCGGACCGGACCAGCACCGCUUCCACCAUGGGGGCCCACCGCAGUGAGGGAGGCCGGGACUGGCUGGAACAGGACGGGCCGGAACAGGCGGAGCAGACCCCGAAGCCGUGGAACCUGAUGAUCAAACACCGACAGAUUCACAGACGAGGACGACGCUCACACAUGACAGUGAGUUACACUGAUCCUCAGGUGUCCAUGGACCUGCUGAGGGCGGUGCUUCAGCCCAGCUUCAACGAUGACAUCAUGGCUGUGUUCAGGAAGUACCAUAAGUUCUUUGAGAAAGCGGCAGAGAACGUGAAGGAGAACGUUGGUGACGACGUUCAGACUGAUCAGCUGAUCAAAGAGUCCUGCAGGAACGUUCUGGAACAUGCCAAACAGCUGUUUCCUGAGGGGGAGGUGAAGAGGACGGGGCCAGAGGCCGCCAUCAAGAGGUCCAGACCUGCUGAUGAAGACUACAGUCAGAGAGGAAGCCCCCUCCCCAAGAAGAGGAGGACUCGUCCAGGUGCGGCGUCCGUCUCUUCUGAUCGACCUCACACCUUCUCCACCCAAGUGAAGCUCAAGUCUGACCCCAUCAAGAGGGAGGGACCAAAGUGGGAUCCGUCCAGACUGAACGAGAGCAGCACGUUUGUUCUCGGCUCCAGAGCCAACAAGGCGCUGGGGAUGGGUGGGACGAGAGGACGAAUCUACAUCAAACACGCUGACCUGUUCAAGUAUGCAGCAGAUGCGAAGGAUAAGCAAUGGUUGGCAGAGAGACACCACAUGAGAGCGACAGGAGGGAAGAUGGCGUACCUGCUGAUCGAGGAAGACAUCCAGGAUUUGUCUCGCAGCGACGAGUACAAGGACUGUCCAGACGUGAGGAUGGACGAGUUGAAGCCGUUCUCGGUUCCUGUGUGGAUGGUGGAGAAGAUGCAGAGAGCCAUGGAGGCUCAGAGAGACGCUGACCUCUGACCCUGUCUCACAUUACACCCCCCACAGACCAAUCACAGUUAUCAUGUGACCACCAGGCUCUGAUCUGAUUGGCUGCUUCUGUUGUUUUUACUUUUCCCGUUUUUAAAAAAAAUGCAAUAAAAACUUUGUGACUGA